CGUGGUCCCCGGAGUCGCCCGGUCCGGGGUCCGGUCCCCGCCAGGAUGUUUUUCUCUGACGCUGGGGCCCGGCCUCGGACUCGGGAAACUAACCCGGCGGAACGCAAGAAGUGGGUGGAAGUGUUUAAAGCCUGUGAUGAAGAUGAUAAAGGCUAUCUAAGCAGAGAGGACUUUAAGGUGGCUGUUGUAAUGCUGUUUGGGUACAAGCCCUCCAAGAUUGAAGUAGAUGCUGUGAUGUCUCCAAUAAAUCCCAGUACUUCUGGUCUAUCACUUGAGGAAUUUGUGAAUAUUGUUAGAAAAAAGAAGGAAGCUCAGCUCUAUCGGAAUGAGAUAAGACACAUCUUCACAGCUUUUGAUGUGCACUAUCGUGGAUUUUUAACUUUGGAAGAUUUCAAAAAGGCAUUUAGACAAGUGGCUCCCAAAUUGCCAGAAAGGACUGUGAUCGAGGUGUUCAGGGAGGCAGAUCGAGACUCAGAUGGUCAUGUCAGCUUCAGAGACUUCGAGUACGCCAUGAACUAUGGACAAAGUGAAUCUUAACAUGUGUGAACUAGGGUGGGCAUUUGUGGGACUUUCCAUAGGUUGAAGAGCAAACAGACUGCUCUGCCAACCAUGGGAUGCCACAAACUGGUGAUUAAACUCCACGUUUUGCAGUUUUUUAA